AACGUGUGUUAUGAGAGGAUUCUACACUGGCAUCCAGGGAAGAGGAGCCCUUGUCUCACUGACGAUACCCCCCCAUCAGGAGACAGACAGGCGGAGCAGGUACUAGGAGAGUCCAGUCAGCUCAGGACUCCCUCACCCCCCACGACCAGGCAGAGGAGAUACCAACCAAGGAUCCAUAUUAACGAUAGCAGGUAGUCAUAACCAGAUCAUGUGACAACAAACACAGCCAACAACUGAAAGCUGUAAAUGAUGGACAAACCAAAUGGAAAUGGCUUAUCCCCUACAGGUGCAGAGAAUGGACUGAAGGGGAAACCACCAUACUCCGUAGAGACACCGUAUGGCUUCCGUCUAGACCUGGACUUCCUCAAGUAUGUGGAUGACAUCGAAAAGGGCAACACCAUCAAGAGAGUCCACAUCCAGAGGCGGAGCAGGGGCCCUAGGUCCAGUACUCUGCCCCGGUACCUCAGCCUCUCUGGGAACGGCUACCGGCCCAGCCCCUGGGGCUCCACUGGCGCUCUGGCCCCCAGGUCCCGGCUCCUGGAGGGCCAGCACGGCUACGGAUCCUGCACCUUUGACGGAAGGUCGCCGGCCUCUCCGGGAGGGUUCAGAUCUCGGGCCGAAAUGGAGGCCAGCGUCAGGGCCUUCGAUGAGCAGUCUCUGGGGGAGCACAUCCGGCCUCACCUCCUCCGAGCCUCCAGCCUGCCUCUCACCGUGCAGCUGAGGAAGGGCUCCGAGUCCACGGAGGACCCCGGCAGUCUGCAGAGCUCCCGGGACCACCUGGGAGGGAGGGACACGUCCUCCGAAGACAUCUCCUACUGCCCGGAGAGCUCCUCGGACGGCGGCCCGCCAAGCCAGGACUUCUCUGGGACGCUGCGGCGCCUCAGCGAGGCCCUGGAGCGCGUGGGCGAGCUGGAGCUGGAGGUCAGGGUCGUCCCCGAGCUCCGGGCUCAAAUCUGCAUCCUCCAGGAGGAGAGGGAGAGGCUCCGCCUGGGCCUGGCCCCCCGCCCCGGGCCCCGAACCUCGGCCAACGGCGCCAAAGACCCCCCCUACGCCACCUCGGACCUCAAAAGACCCCGACAGGACAGUCAGAGCCUCGUGUUCCCCCCCCGCGGCCACGACAUGGCGGAGGGAGACGGGAACCCCAGCCACGAGUGGAGGACCAGCACGGACCUGGACGAGCUGCUGACGGUGACCUCUCUGCAGGCCAAGGUGGCGGCACUGGAGCAGAAGCUCCACGAGAGCAGCCUGGAGCUCCAGAGGGCCAGGGCGCUGCUGAGGGAGCAGCUGGAGGAGAGGCGCAGGAAGGAGGGCCGGCUGGAGCAGCUGACCCGGAACACCGGGGUGUGGGUCCGAGCCGAGAGGGUGGCCGUGGACCAGGACGGGGAGGAGAGCUCCACAGGAGGACGCACCUCCGCGGCAUUGCUGGACCGCGGCCCGUCCACCUCAGGUGGGUUGAACGAAGAAGCCCCGACCUCCGCCGAUUCGACCGACCCUAAAGAUGGAGAGGAGAACCACAACGGCGUGGCUUCAGCCAACCGAAGGUCCAUGGAAGUCCAGGCGAGCGACGCGUCAGAGGAGGCCCCACAGGGGGGCCCGGACCCUGGGGAGGCGGCCUUCCAUGUGAGCAGGAUCCAGCAUCUCCUGGAACAGCAGUGGGUGCUCCUGUGCGGGGGGGGAGAACCAGGGAGGGGCGAGACCCCGGAACACCCCGACGCCAAGGUCACCUCGCUCCAGCAGGAGAUGAUGAGACUGAUCCACACGCUCUCCUCCUCCUACUCCCCGGGACACCCUGAGGGUGAACAACAUGGAGCCCCCAAAUCCAUCAUGAAGAGGAACGGAGGGGCCAGAACGUCCAAGAACCUGCACUUUGCUGCUGAGGACGAGGGAUGUGUAACAAACUGGAGUGAGGAGUCGUCCACUGGGGACUGUGAGAGGGAAAGCAGCCGCGGUGGCCGGGGGGAUGGUAGUCCAACACGAGCUGGCCCUGAGGACAGCACACCGAACGUGGGGGGAGAGGGGCCCGUGGGGGGAGAGGGGCCCGUGGGGGGAGCAGAGCCUGAGGCGCACACAGUCGGAGGGGAGGAUCCAGAGAGGACAGCAGGAAGCGUGGCUGUGGACGCUGGUCCUCCAGAGAGCCCCUCCAGGACGGACACAGCAGACCCAGAGAAGGAGAUGAGGACGGGGCCGUGCUCCGAGCCUGUCCCUGGACAACCUCCAGGAAUAGAAACUGUCAGCGGGGAGUUUAUGGGUGCCUGUCAGUUCCUGAAAGACCACAUGGACAACAUGGACAACCCCAAUGAUGAGAUGAGACAGGCCCUUGUGGUGCUGUUCCAGAACUGGUUCAAGGUGGCAGCUGAGGAGGACUCUUCAGCCGCGAGGGUGGCUCUGAACCUGAGGGAAGUGAAGACGACGACCCCUUCUCUGUUGCCCUUCCUGGUGAACCUGGCCGACGACAACAGCAACACCGCCCUUCACUACAGCGUGUCCCACUCCAACUACAGCAUCGUCAGCCUUCUACUGGACACAGGAGUGUGCGAGGUUAACCUCCAGAACAAGGCGGGCUACACAGCGGUGAUGCUGGCCUCUCUGACGGCCCCGGACAGCCCCGCGGACUUGGAGGUGGUCCACCGGCUGAUGGAGACGGCCGACGUCAACGCCCGCUCCAGCCAGGUGGGUCAGAGCGCGCUGUUCCUGGCGGUCCGGCACGGCCGCGUGGUCAUGGUGCGCCUGCUGCUGAGCUGUGGGGCCGACGCCAACGUCCAGGACCGCCAGGGCGCCACGGCGCUGAUGUGCGCCAGCGAGCGGGGACACACUCACAUCGCACGGCUGCUGCUGGACCGGGACCACUGCGACGUCAGCCUCACAGACCGGCGGGGGCGCACUGCUCUCUCCAUCGCCCUGCAGGGCUCCCACGGUGACACGGCCGCUCUGCUGCAGGCCCACGCCAAGGCCAGGGGACUCUGAUACACGCACACAUCUACGUUUCGCUAGAGACCUGGGAACAGACCAAACAGUGUCCUUGACAUCUCGAAUCCAUAGCCUUCUUCUAGUGUGCAACAAUUAGUUUCCUGUUUGGACAUUCAUUGUUGGAACAGUAAACCAUGCUGGGGGCAGACAUGGUUGGGAGCUUUAAGUGUAGAUUAAAACAUAAAGUGCUAGUGUAGACGUUAUGGAUGUGUGGGUCUGGGACUGUAGCUGGAUGGAUCACUGAAUUGAUUGCACAGAUCAAUGCUGUUAGACUGGCCCUUCAGAGUCGCAUUUAGUCAAUGAUGUUGCAUUGUAUUUCUGAAGUGCCAAUGCUUAUAAAUACUCGAAGAAUGUGUGUGUCGAUGCUGCAUGUUUGAAAAGCAGCUUAGGUCUGGUAGCUUUAUACACAGUGGGUGAAUGUAAUUAUACAAACUGAUGUUAAAUACGUGAGGUAAAUGUUCCUUGUUGUUUGCUCGGUUCAGUCAAUGGGAGCGUUUGUUUAACAUGAUGCUGUAAUCGCAGCUCGUUUCCGUGUCCCGGUCGUGUGCUUUUCUGAACUUGUCAAACGUAUCAAAUGUUGCAUGCCAAAAACAGAGGGACACUUCCAUGGCUUAUCUUCUCCUGCAGAGCCUGUCAGCGAACGUCUCAGCUCAUCGCUCUGUAUUCGUUGCUCUAUCGACAAAGCAAGAUAUCUGACAUGCGGAUGUUUCUUAAUAAAAUCAAUGAAGGCGUUUAUAACUGA